AUGAUGGUGGAGCUCCAGGCAUCGUUAUCCCCCGUUGGAUCGGAGUCGCAAUCGACCCUUCAAGCUACGCCCUAUGAAACCACGGUCGCCGAUGAACGCCCUGUCGCGAUUAGAUCUAUUUCACUACCGGCCCCCACAGACACAAUGCCGAAUUCCAAUGGCCGCUCCCUCAGCGCCAGUGACGCCUCACGAGGCCCCUACCGUCCCUCCUCCGCACGCGCAUCCCCCAAAAGUUCAAACCAAGCCUUGUCGCCAAAUUCAGAAGGCUCAACAAGACGAUCAAUGGACGAAAGGUUCAGCAGGAAAACUCCGUCCUUGCGCAGUGUCCCAAGCAUCGUCGUAAACGAUCCAAAUGAUCGCCCGGUUUCGCGACCAGGGUCCCGUCCAGGGUCCAGAUGGUCGGAGCGCAAGUGGGGUGGAUUGAAGAAAAGAUCAAGUGACUUGGAGGAGAAGAUGAGCAGGGAAGAGCUACCACCGGUGCCACAGAUCGACUCGGCAUUCAGCGGUAUUAGCAUGGACAUCCCAACGUCCUCCCUAGAAGGACUGGAUAAGCCCAUGAAGUUCUCCAACCGUGGUAGCUUGAUUAGGGACAAGCGGCCGAUUUUGAAAGCACGGGAUCAGCAACAAGAGCGUCGGUCGCAGCAAAUCCCAGAGGACCAGACAUUCGAUUUUCAGUCAGAUACGGCGUCUAUUCAGCAAUCUAUACCAGCUGAUUCAGCGCCAACUAGCAAGGCGCCAAGUAUAGUGGCCUCUUCGACGGGCCAAGAUGCUGUGACGGACGAUAUCCCCGAGGCGAAACCACGUCCUUUCAAACCAGAAGGACAUCUCAAUCCAAGGAAAACAAGCCUUCAAAGUAGGGCCAUCUCCGCGGACGAGGACAUGCUAUCCCGUCGAGUGCGACUUAUGUAUGAGAAGGGCGAUGAUAGCGUGACCGAUAAAGACGUCGCAAACGCAAUAGCAUCGGAGCACGGUGUUCUCUGGGAGGAGCCGACACCGGAUCUCGAGACUGCCUCGACGCCCGGCACUAAUCUCGGUAGCCCACCAAGUUCAAUCGUUAGGGCCUCUGCCGAAGUAGAGCGCAAGCGAAUGAAGAGAGAAACACAGGAACUUGCAGGUGGAGUUGAAUAUUGGCAAGAUAUUGGCGCAGGCCAAGUGGAUCGAUAUGGCUUUAUCCACGCUCCGGAUGAUAGCGAAACCCCCCAUCCUAUCCAGCGUGUCACAACCAGUCUUUUGCUUGCUUCUGAGACCCCGCGUCGCAAGCUCUCCAUUCGCCCACCUACUGCUCGAGCUAGCACUCGAUCAUUCAAUGGUCGGUCUCCAACCCGCAACUUGUCCCAAAGCUCCACCGCUGUGCGCCCAACCUCAUCCGCAAGUGCCCACGCUGCGCCGAUUCGACGGUCAACAUCACGAUUGCGUUCUGCAACCAAUCACCUUCCGCACAACAGGGAUCGAAAGUUCACUGAUGAGGCGUCUUACAUGCUUACUCUUCCCGCCGAUGACCCCGGGGAAGGCAAAGACACACAUGCCGCGCGUGCGAUGCGGAAGAAAGAGUGGCAGCGCGAAGACAAGUGGACGAAGAUGGCUAAACAAACGAAGAAGAGUCGUGAUGGCGGUGGUAUGAGAUUUGAGUUCGAUACGCAUAGCCCGAAGCUCAUCGAGCGGACAUGGAAAGGAAUCCCUGACCGGUGGCGUGCAUCAGCUUGGUCCUCUUUCCUUGAGGCCAGUGCAAAGCGCCAUAAAGAUAGUCCCUCUGAGGAGGCGCUUGUAGAGGCCUUCCAUGAAAGCCAAUAUGUCUCCUCUCCAGAUGACGUGCAAAUCGAUAUCGAUGUACCUCGCACAAUCAGCAGUCAUAUCAUGUUCCGUCGGCGCUACCGUGGUGGACAACGGCUAUUAUUCCGCGUUCUUCAUGCCAUGUCAUUAUAUUACCCUGACACCGGUUAUGUACAAGGCAUGGCAGCUAUUGCGGCUACAUUGUUAGCAUACUACGAUGAGGAGCAUGCUUUCGUGAUGCUGGCCCGUCUUUGGCGUCUGCGUGGGUUGGAAGAGUUGUACAAGUCUGGCUUUGCUGGGCUGAUGGAGGCUUUGGAUGACUUUGAACGCGAGUGGCUGGCCGGUGGUGAAGUGGCCACGCAACUGACCGAGGUCGGAAUUCCACCAACAGCCUAUGGCACCCGUUGGUAUCUUACGCUCUUCAACUACUCCAUUCCAUUUCCUGCCCAACUUCGAGUAUGGGACGUUUUCAUGCUCCUUGGAGACGCCGAGGAACCCGUCGCGCCUCGACCAACCACCUCAUCUGGAAAAGGUCCCAAGGCUCCCCCGCCACGCCUUGGUACAUUUGGACAAGGUCUUGAUGUCCUCCAUGCCACAUCUGCUGCCUUAAUCGACGGUAUGCGUGAUAUAAUUUUGGAAUCUGAUUUCGAAAACACGAUGAAGGUUCUUACCAGCUGGAUCCCAAUCAAAGACGUUGAAAUCUUCAUGCGUGUCGCCAAGGCUGAAUAUAAGGUCCACCGGCGCAAGAAAACCCACUAA